CGGCACUACACACUUGCGGCGGAAAAGGUUCACCAACCUCGCCACAGUAGUCCCGAAAAUCAAGAUCUGAUUUCCCUGAACCGGCUGGACGAGGUCCUCAUUCACAAGACCGAGAAUCCCGUUGUGCAAGUUGCGGCUGUCACCACACGAGCUUCUCGAGUGGGAACGCUCGCGGGAGUCAUGCAAGAGGCCCUGAUGGAGGAGGAAGUCUGGAUCACAGGCAUGAAGAAGUAUCUGAGUGGCACGAUCGCCGACCUCGCCCAGGCGGAACCAAGAUCGUACGGCAAGAUCGCGGCCGACUAUGAGGUGGACUAA